AAAAAAAAAUCAAGCCUAGGAGAAGCUACUCACUUUCUAUCAACAUAGCUUGUAAAUUCACACACCCUCUGCUUGUCUGUUCAAACUAGUAAUUUUCGUGCGAUCAAAUCGAAAUGCUGAUUUAUUUGAUACUUCCUGUAGCCUUGGCUGCGGUUGUCUUUUUCUACUUGAAUUCCAACUCUAAACAUCAAAAUGUUGUUAUCAAGUCUGAUUUAUUAACAACAAAACCUGUUGCUCCAAAGAAGAAGGAUGAUAAGAAAAAGGUUGCCAAAGUUGUUCUUGCUGAGGAUGAUAUUGUUGAAGCAUCAAAUGCCGAAAUGACUGAAAUUGAUGUUGCCGAAAUGUAUGGAUUAAACAAGAAGAAGAAGAAGCCUGUUGUUGAAGUUACCAAGAAGAAGCCUGCUGCCAAGAAGGAUACCAAGAAGCAACAACAACAACAAGCUCAACCUGAAACCACUGAAGGUGCUGAAGGUUUUCUCCUUGUUAAAAAGCCAGAAUUAACUGGUCGUAAGAAGGAAGACAAGCCAAAGAAGGUUGAAAAGCCAAAGAAGAAGGAUGAAAACAAGUCCAUCUUUAGAAAGCUUGUUACUGACGAUUCUGCUAAACCUGCUGGUGAAAAGAAGGAAGAAGUCGAAGCUGAACCACAAGAAGAAAAGAAGACUGAAAAGAAGGAUAAGAAGUCUGAAAAGGUUGAAAAAUCUGAAGAUAAGAAAUCCGAAAAGAAGUCAAAGGAAGAAAAGAGUGGUAAGGACAAGAAGAAGGCUGAAACAAGUGCAUCAGUCGAUGAAACUGAAAGCCCAGUCACUCCUGUUGUUGUUGAAGAAAAGAAACCAGAAAGAAAGCCAGUCACUGUUGUCAAGGAUCCAUAUGAAACUGUUGAUGAUUUCUGGGGUGAUAAUGUUAAACAAGUUCAACCAAAGCCUCCAAGAGAACCAAGAGAAAAUAAGGAAAAGAAGGAACCAAGAGAACCAAGAGAACCAAAAGAAAAUAAGGAACCAAGAGAACAAAAGGAACCAAAGGAAAAGAAGGCUAGAGAACCAAGAGAACAAAAGGAACAAAGAGAACCAAAGAAGAAGGAUAUUGUUUUGACAAAGGAAAAGAAGGAACCAAAGGAACAAAAGGCCUCAGUUAAGAUCUUUAACCAAGUUGAAUCUUCUGCCACAUGGAACAUUGCCUCUUCUGAAUCUCCAGUUUCUGCACCAGAAUCUGGAAAUUCUGACUUCCCAAAGUUUGGUGAAAAGGUUAAGAAGGUUAAGCCUGCUAAACAACCUGUUGCUUCAUCAUCAACUGAUGUUGCCACUCCAACUGAAGUUGUUGAAUCAACUCCAACUGAGGAAGUUAAAUCAGAAGAAGAACAACAAUAAGGAAUUUUAGUUUAAAACUAAGCAAUUUUUAAUUUUUCACACCACAUGUAAAUUUAUAAAUUAUAUAAAUAAUUUUGUUAAAUAUUAAAUAAUAAUAAUUAUUC